CACUUGAGUCAAGUAAAGAAAUACAGAUCUCAACCAAAGUGGUUUGACCUAGAUUUCAUAAUCGGAAGUUAUCUCUCAAUCUUGUGUUACACUUAACAUUUACGACGUAUUAAAAAAUUGUGAGGGAGUAUAAUUAGAUCGCAUCAGCAAAGAUGGACGGUCGAGUGGUGGCGACGGGUUUCGCACUAACCCUGAUAGGCGUGGUUCUAGGGUACGUGAUAUUCGCACCGAAGGGCUCGGACCCCACUACCAAUGUCUGCCCGUGUUCUGAGGCCCGGUUCUGCGAGAGGAUUUCUGACACAACAAGGAAAGAGAUCUUCAUAUUUUCGCUGACCCCCAAGGCACAGGCGUGGCGGUUCUACGACUGGACUAAGGUGACCACCGUGGUCAUGGUGGGCUACCUCGACAUGGAGCUUGUCUGUACCGCCCACAAGUACGGAGCCAGGGCAAUCACCAUAGGCGAUGUCAGCACCGAUGUACUUCCGGACGCCACAAAAAGGGCCGCCUGGAUACAACAGCAACUGGCGGUGGCGGACAAGUAUUUCUUGGACGGGAUCAACUUUGACUAUGAGGACCCCAUAUCGGCGUCACAACCGGAAGUCAGAGACGGCUACACGGCGCUGGUGCGGGAAACAAGGGCGGCGUUCACCACGAAGUACGCGAACUCUCAGGUGUCGGUGGACGUUGCGUGGUCACCGGACUGUAUCGACGGCCGUUGCUAUGACUACGUGGGUCUGUCACGUGUCAGCGACUUCCUGUUCGUCAUGGCCUAUGAUGAGCAAAGCCAGAUCACGGGUCCCUGUAUCGCCAUGGCAAACAGCGGUCUGUCGCGCGCCAUGUCCGGUAUUGAGGAUUUUCUGUCAUUGGACAUUCCUGCAGACAGAUUGGUUCUCGGGGUUCCGUGGUACGGCUAUGACUACACGUGUCUUAAUGUAACAAAGGACAAUAUCUGCUCCAUAAAACCGGUUCCCUUCCGUGGGGUGUACUGUAGCGACGCUGCUGGCAGCCAAAUCAAUUACUACAGCACGAUUCGUCUCCUGCCCACAUCGACCACUGGGCGAAUAUUCGACCAAGAAACCCAGUCACCGUAUUUCAACUAUGUUAACCAGGGGGUCACUCACCAGAUCCGGUACGAUGACCCGGAAAGUCUCGGUAUCAAGUACACGUACGCCGUGGACCAGGACCUGCGGGGCGUGGGCAUGUGGAACUCCGAGUGUGUCGACUACAUCAGCCAGGAUGCGCGGGAUAUCCAGGCCGUGCGCGAGAUGUGGGGCGCACUUCCGGUCUAUAAGCCACAGAAUAUAAGAAGACACCAACGUUAGAAUUAUAAUGUGGUUCACAGUGCAGGCUAGACUUCCUUGAACUCAGGCUUAACUUGGCUGAGUUCAACAUGGACUUCUCUGAAUUCUGAAUUCAAGCUAGACUUCACUGAAUCGCGGACAGACGUUAGUGAAUUCAGGGUAACAGGCCAACACGAUUGCAAUAUUUCACACAACUAAUACAAUGUAUGUACAUAUUUGUUUUGUAUUAUUUUUAUCACUGAAAUACUUAUAGGUUAUUAGACUUUGCCUGUACAAUACGAAGAUAUAUUUGGACGAGCACACAGUUUGAAGUCAUAUUUGACGAGCCGUUAGGCGAGUCCAAUAUGACUUCAAACUGAGUUCGAGUCCAAAUAUAUCACGUAUUGUACAGUUAAACGUCUAAUAAGCUUUUUAUUCUAUAACCCUUUCUUAAGCUCUUUCUUUGAUUUUAAUGCUGCAAUAUGCAUGUAUAAUUGUUAUUUGCAGCACGAUAACCUGUGCAACUUAUUGAAUAUAUUCAUGAGAAAUGUGUGGAUUAGCAAUUGCAUAUUAUUAAGAAUCGAUUGUUGUACGUUCGGAUACUUUUUCCUCCGUAACAGCUUUGAUCCUUAUAAAACAAUUACUAAUUGCACUUGUACUCAACUGUCCAAUAUGGAAAAAUACAGACUUUUCGGAUCCAAUACCGGAAUAUAUUGGACGGUCACGUGGUACAUAUGAAGAAUGCUAAUUGGAUGAAUUUAUUGGAUAUAGAAUAAACAACUUAUACAAUUUA